CCUCCAUCGUACUGCCUGACUGAAAAUUUGUCAGCGAGCAAUCAAAAGCAGAAGCGUCCUCUUUACCUGGCAUUUGCCCUUCAUCCCUGGUGGAUACACACUCUCAGUAAACUGCUGGCUCCUGUCUGGCCGUCCGCCGCGGCCUGCGCGCGCCUGUGCGUUUCUCAGGCGCGCCGCGGACAGCCGCCGCGGAGGGCGACGUGGGCCGCGAAGGCCCCCGUCGCCGGCCACCGAGGAAGCGCGGCGGGCGAAGGGGCGCGGGGUGUGCGCGGCGGCUCCACCAUGUCGAAGGUGUCCUUUAAGAUCACGCUGACGUCAGACCCGCGGCUGCCGUACAAAGUUCUUAGUGUUCCUGAAAGUACGCCUUUCACAGCGGUGUUGAAGUUUGCAGCAGAAGAAUUUAAAGUUCCUGCAGCCACAAGUGCGAUCAUUACUAAUGAUGGAAUAGGAAUAAAUCCUGCACAGACUGCUGGAAAUGUUUUCCUGAAACAUGGCUCAGAACUGCGAAUCAUUCCUAGAGACAGAGUUGGAAGUUGCUAAUGUCUGCUUCUUGGAAUAUAGAGCCUUUCAGAAUAAAUACUGGUGUUUGUUGUUGCUGUAUGGUUGAAAUCAGGCAUUCAUGAUACAAUGAAAGCACCAAGAAUCAAUGAGACAAGGAAAGUUGACUCUUGUCCCUUCUUGUUCAUUUUGUUCAUGGGAAGAAAGACUGCCUUUGAGUGGAGGGUACCAACCAUGGGUCACAUAGUCGGUGACUGCUGCCUCACCAGAAGAAGAGGGUACUUCUGUGACAAAUGGACUGUGCUUUAAAAAACAAACAAAACCACCAACACAACCAGAAGAUGAGUCGGAUCAUUCAUUUCAGGAAUAUUUGGAAAAUCAAAUUCAUAGUAUUGGAUGUAUUUCUAAUUUUAGAGUUUAAAGGAUAAUUGAUCAUAGAGGCAUUUGAUUGACAGCAUCUCACCUGCAGGCCCAUAUUUAGAUUUUAAAUUAUGUCCUUUGUGAUGAAGUUAAUGGGUAUUUCUGUGGACAGUUAAAUUUUAUACAAAAGCCAAAUUAAAUUAUGGGAUGUUACCAUUGUGUGUGUAAAGUUGCUAUCUUACACAAACAGCUUUGAUAUAGCGAUCUUAUGAAGUCAGGUGUGUCCUGGUGGGAAUUGACAGUGGCGCAGGAGAAGUCAGAGAGGGCAGUAGGGUUGAGAAAUGUGAAGGGGAAGAGCACUGGGCAUAGGCUCAGAAGGCAGCUACGUAGACAUUGCAAAACGCCCAGCAGUCUGCACAAAGAUCUCAGGGCCUAGGACAUGAGAGGUGUCUCAGCCCAGAACAGCUUUGCAAGCCUGAGUAAGUUCAAUUCCUAAAACCCGUGUGGAAAAAGAGAACCAAUCCACAGUCAUCCUCUGACCUUACACAGACACCCUGAUGUGAACCAGUCUCCUCUCCCACAGUAAUGCAUUUUGUAAAAGAUCUUAUUUGCCCCUACAGAGGAAAUCCAUGUCUUGGCACAUCUUGACAGUGACCAAGUGAGAGCAGGUGAGCUCUUUGGAGGUGAGGGUCUGCCACAUGCUCCCUAGAGCUAGAAAUACAAGUACUCAAUAAAUAUUGACUGAAUUCAUGA